GUCAAAAUGGCUGAUAUGUCGUUGUUGUAGACACAUCGUGGAUUUAUGUGAUUUUCUCCAAUACAUUGUAGUAAAGUUACUUUAAAUAAUGGCUAAAAAGAAGAACACGAAGAAAACUAACGAGAAAAAGGUACCAGCUAAGCCGGCGUCUCUACCUGAUACGAUAAAUACAGAGGCCUUAAUCGCCGCUAGAAGUUUUACAAAUUUACCAGUUCUUCUCAAAGUUUGUAGACUCUGCGAGGCAAAAGAUGGCCCGUUCUUGAAUAUUUUUGAUGCAGACAAGGUGACGGCUAAAAAAAUAGAAACUGUCAUGCCAUUUGGGAUUGCUGAGAAUGAUGACUUGCCCCAUAAAAUUUGCUUUCGAUGUUCAGCAAAAGUCGAAGAACUUUACGAAUUUAUACAAAAAUGUAUUAAGACACAAGAAAAUCUUCGAAAAGCUCUAGGUAAUAGAAAAACUGGUGCUAAGACUAAGCAUAGAGAAUUGUGGGAAGAAAAACUUAAUCAGUCCAACAUAUCCAAUGACGACAUCUGUGAUGCGCUUAUUAAAAAGGCUAUGGAAGGCAUAAAAGACAUUCCUUUGAAUCCUCUGCCAAUGUUAGAAGACAAAGCACCCAUAGUAAAAAAGGCAACCAAGAAAAUAGAUAUAAAGAAGAGAGAAGAACAAAAAGUAAGAGAGGAAGAAGAAGAAGAAGAUAAUAAAGAAGAGAUUAAUACUAAAAGUAAAAAAAAUGAAAAUUUUACUCCAAAAGAUGACGAACCUAUCAUUUCACUAAAGAGAACAAAGAAAAAUGACGUGGAAGAAGAUGAGCCUCCAGUGAAAAGAAUCACAAGGUUAAGUAACGAAAAAAAGAUUGAAGUAACUGAAAACAAACCCACCAAAUCUGUUGAUACCAAGGAAACAUCAAAGCCAACCAAAAAAAUUAAACCUGAUAUAAAAACAAUAGAAGAACCUAUGCCUAAGGAUAUAGGUUUAAAGAUUAAGCAGUCAUUGCAAACAAAUAACUUUUCUUUAGAAGCGGCCCCCAAAACUGAGCCACCAAAAUUAGAACCAGAACCUAAACCGUUUGAUAUAAUGGACAGUGUAAGUAUGAUCAAAGUUAAUGGUGUGGGUGUGCUGUUCCAAUGUAAAUUGUGUAAUAGAAAUUUCUUGAAAAAGGAGGUUGUCAUGUCUCAUGCUUGUGCUAAACAGGGUGCGGCGAAAGUUCAAGCACCCAAAAGUUAUGUUCCGCCUGAAACGCCCAAAAUACCACAGACUGUGAAGUACAUAACCAUGAAUGUGAAUAAAGAAGUUAGUAAGCCAGGAGUUUCAGGUGAUAAGUCUAAAACUGUAGAAAUUAAACAACCUGUUACUAUAAGUGAACCUAUAACUUUGGAUGAUGAUGACGAUGGCAAGCCUUUAACUGUGAAAAAACCUGUAAAACCAAAAAUUGGCCCUGCUAGUAAGGUGAGACGCACUGACACUAAUGUAACUCCAGUAGCGAGCGAACCUUCUGUAAACGGUAAUCCAAAUCAACAGGCGGCGGUGGCAAUGCCGUCGAAUCCUAUGACGAUAGUGCCUAAUAUUACUGCAACUAUAACCUCAGCUAACCAAGCGUCUGUGCAAUUUCCAGCCUUACCUAGUCUCAAUAGCCGAUACAAACUCAUGCCUGGACCUAAUAACACCUUCACUUUAGUUGAAGAUAAAACUGUCGAAACUGUUGCUAAACCUGUAGAAUUGCCUAAUAACACUGUACCUUUUACGAUGACAAAUAAGACUGAUGCUAGAAUGCAUAAUUCAGCUGUAAGACCAAUAGAAAAUUCAGUACCACUACCAUCACUAGUACCAAUAGCUAACAAUGUUCCAAAACAAACGGAACCUUCAGUUAGCAGGCCUUAUCCUGUAGGGUUAAUCAAGUCGAUAUCGGCUGCCGGUUCGAGGACGCCUUUGGCCUCCGAACCUCCCUUAGCAUUUCCUACACCUGCUAUGAAGAAACAAUCGUACACUGUAGUACAAACUGGGAAUCCUAGCAAAUUACUCAUUUCCACGAAACCGCAACCACAACAGCCGAUAGAGGAGGAAGUACCUAAAAAAAAGUCGCGAAAGUCACGAAAUGUAGCUAACACUGUUGAACCACAAAAGCAGCCAUUUUCAGUCACCAUAGAAGAUGCCGGCCCACCACCGACUGAUCCUGGAUUUUUUACAUUCAUCAAUGUUGAUCCUCUAUUGCAACCUUCUUAUGUACUGCCGACUGAUAAUAUCAUACAAGAAUCCCAAAUAUCUACCUCCACGAGUGUCAUGAAACAAGCUGAGGAUAAAGACAGCAAAUACACGUGUAACAUGUGUAAUGAAAAGUUUAGUAGAGAGAAAAAAUUGUUGGCACACAUUCAGUCACAUUACGAAAAAAUGGACGCAGAAGACCAAAAGAGAACAGAAAAAAGUAAGAAACGCACUAGAAAAUGAAUUUAACAUAAUAUUCUAUUUUAUAUAUUUUUUAAAAGUGUUGAUGUUUUAAAUAAUUUCGAGAUUUGCGCUCGGCACGUGAAUUGUGCGUGUGUGUUUAUUAUGUCUUACAAAAGUUUACCGAGUGGAGCCGUAGUCUGUCAGCGGUUUCACAAAAUCCUCCCUUUAGCACAAAAGUUGUGAUUAUCAUUUUGCUAUAAUGCAAUCCCAAUAAUUUGGCUGUAUUCAUGGUAUUAUUGCUGCAACUGUACAUUCUAGCCAAUAGUGAGAGUGUCAGCCAAUCAGAGAAUCAGCGAUUACACGCUAACUGUCAAAUUAUGGCGGUAGGCCUCUUAGUUU